CUCCUUCCUUGGAGAAGAACUCCAGGCUGAAGUUGCAAAGAGGAUGUCAACACUGAAUCGCUUGGCGAACUGGCGAUUUCGGAAGAAGAAAAGAACCAACGAAUGAGAGAUGGCGGCUGCGGCGUCGAGCGUCUCUGCGGCCUCGCCCACAUCUUCGACGAUCGAUUUGAAACCUGCAGACCAGGAGAUGGUAACCACGACCCAUGGAAGACGAUGCGUAGUAGAAGAGUCACCGUUCCGUGGGGCGACGAUGGGCGAGCCGCCGGGAGAAGAGAAGAAGGGUGGCGGGGAUUUCUCUGCCUCUUGCUGGAUUUCCACAGACGAGGAGGUGGAGAAAAGGACGAUGAUCUCCGGGUCGACCUUGUCUUUUCGUCGUCAGUUGGGCGAGUCACCACCGGGAGAGGAGGCGGCGGAGAGAGCACCGCCAGAGAAGGAGGGCGGCGGAUUGAGUCUACAUGUCUGUCUCGUGAAGACCCAGAUGACCGUCGCGGAUUUGCAGGCAAUGUCGGAGUUCGGUCAGUGGAAUGGCGAGUUGCAAGAGAAGAAGGUGGGGGAGUGGCCACUGCCAGAGGAGGAAAUGACGCGGAAGUGGAAGGCGCUGGAUUCGUGGCCGCCGGGAAAUCAACGAGUUUGGGAGUCGGCGGAGAAGGACUCGAACGAGAAGGAUGGCGGUAGCGGUUUCCCUUCUCCAGGAACCCCAAGUCGCACCACCAAGCGGUCAGAACUGUUAGGCCAAGCUGUGAUUCGAGUCGCUGGGCUCGAGUUGGGUGGAUCAGAUCAGCAGAGCAACCCAUUUCGGGGCCAACGGUUUAACACUUGCAGAAGGAAUGACUUGUUUGGGCUACGGGCUAGCAACAAGAAAGGACAUUGUGGGCUUGGCAAUGCGAGAUGGGCUAGGCCAAAUGGGUCCUUCAAUUGAAAAAGACUACUUAAGUUAUGGGCAUGGGCUGGCAUGCAAAGAGAAAAUCUUUGAAUGCAUACUUGGGCCGCGUUUGGAGGAAGGAAAUAAGCCCAGCAUGCGCUGUGUGUCAAAGGAAGCAAGUUUAGAUGAGGUUCUUGGGUUGGUUUGUGAGAUUUCCAAUGAGCCAAGCCCAAAUGAAGUUAGAAGAAAGAUAAAAGAGGUAUAAUAUGGGGUUGGGCUCUAGCUCUUUAUUGCAACAAUUGUGGGUCAAGUCAAGUAUAAGAGCAAAGAAGAUUAGGAAAGGCUAGAGCUUAAUUUCACCACCAAACCCAUAGAGGGAUUUAUAGAGCAGCAAGAAGAAGAAUUCUCCAAUUCUUAUUCCGUGGACUUCGGAACAGAAUGGGAGGAAUUAUUCGGCUAUGAAGAACGUGACACAUGUCACGUGGAUGGAGGAGAGUCGAGGAAAGUUGGACUGGUGCGAGAAGAGUUUAUUCAAGGGAUCGAGCGCAAUUGGAAACGAAGAAAGCGGAAGGUCAAGGAGGUAGAAGUCAACUACAACCUUGAGGUCAAGGUUGUUUUUAAGGGGGAUGAUUUUCAGAAACACAUUUAUUUGGGGUUUCUAUUAUUGUAUUAGAUAGGAUAAUUAUAAUUAUGGUUAGUAGAGAUUUAGUCGUAUUAGGAUUAUUAUUAGGGUGUUCUAGUAUUUCCCUAUAAAUAUGUACUUUGCGUUUACGUCAUAAUCAAUAAAGAAGAAUAUUAGAAGAAUCUCCUCAACCCUAAUUUAUCCUCUCAACUCCUAAUUUCUAUUCUCUCCCAAUCAAAGGCCUCGGCCGAUUCCCAAUUCUAUUCUAUUCUUUCUCAUCUAAAUCCCUAAUCUCAACCUUAAAUCCCUAUCGUUAAGAGUAGUUACGGGUGUCGAAGAUCAGUCCCUAGAAGCGGGGUUCUUACACAAAUGUAGGAGUCUAGUCACUAUUGUUAGCUAGUUGGUUUCCAUUGAUAAUGAUGGACAGAUUUGUUAGUUUGGAUUGCUUAUGAACUCCCGAUCACCUUAACUGAUUCGGUGGGAUCUUGUUUGGAAUCAUUUCAUUUGUUUGUUAGGUAAUAUAUUGAAAGAUUAUCUCUUCUGAUACUCAUUCGGUCUAGGUCGCAGGUUACUUCUCCUAGUUUAAGAUAUCGGAUACAAUAAGAAGACAGUGAAUUACUAUCGAAAAUUAAACCUCUCAAACUGUCGGAAUCUCACCAGAAGAAAAGAAAAGAGAACAAAGUCACACCAUUGAUUCAACGGUUCCAACAUAUAACUUCCCUCCAUUUAAAUUAAUCAACGAAGCUCACGUGGCUACGUAGAACUAUUUUCCGGAGAGGAAAAACUGGUGUUUGAACUCAAUAAAUGCACCUCUCACUUUUUGAACAAUGAAACUAAAAUGGUUCACACCUCUCCGAACAAUUUUCUAACGAGGGUGUUUGAUGUUUUUGAUGGUUUUUUGUGAACAAACUACCUUAAUUACUCCUACUCCUAUGGAGGUUCAGUGAGAGCUCCGAAAACUAAAGGGUACGAGUACUUUGCAAAGAAAAGAUAAAGUUUGACAUAGUGUGUCAAAUGUUUGAUUGUGGAACCCUUGAUUUGUCUUCGUUUCUCCUAUUUAUAGUCAUCCCUCAUAACCUUCAUUUAAUUGCCUCUUGUAACCGCUGUCUUCUAUGCUUGGUAUUUGAUGUAGCCUGCUUGACACCUUAACCGCCUUGCUUGCAUGCAUAUCACUCGGUACCUUGAUAGCUUGAUGAUUUCACUUGGCAUGUAGCUAUCUUGUGCCAUGGAGGCAUCUCGCUAGACUUCAUCUUGACAUUGGAUGCUUCAUGCUGACCACCCUUGCAUGACGUCAUGCUCUACGCCAAGAUGCUUGGGGAGUUGAUGGAUGCACACUGACCCCUUUGGGAUGGCAUCAUACUUGUAAGGUCUUGACAAGGUGGUUUACCAUCCAUGAGGCCUAGCGUGCCUGACUACUUGGGAAGAGGGUGUGUUGUGCCAUACCCCCUUGGCCUGACAUCAUGUUUGGCACUCUAGCGCAAGGUAGGUAGGCCACAUGGUACUUGGUGCUUGACUCCCCUUGCAUGACAUCAUGCUUAACCCCCCUUGGACGAUGUCAUGCUUGACCCCAUUUGUACUGUGGUACAUAGUAGGUGAUCCAGAGAAACCUCCAUACUUAGUCGAAUCUCAUCCCCACUAUGACUGUAGGAUAGGUGAGUGGUGAGAUGUCAUUACUACAUCUAGGUGUACUCGUGAUAGCUCUCCUUGCACGACAUCAUACUUGACACCCUAGCGCAAGGUAGGUAGACGGCAUAGUGUUGACCCCACUUGCAUGACAUCAUGCUUGACCCUCCUGGGAUGAUGUCAUGCGUGAUCCCCCCUUGUGGGUCUUAACACUUAGCCGGGUGCAAGGUAACACUUAGCCAAUUUUCACCUUCUUUCCCCAUCAUGUCUAGGGUUACUCUCGAUGGCCCCCCUUGAUGAUGUCAUGCUUGACACCCUUUGUGGAUGAGUCUCCAUACUUAGCCAAAUUUCGCCCUCACCAUGCCGACUUGGGUGGUUGAUGUUGAAGAGUGUCAACGUUGGCACUUGAACCCUCUUGCAUGACAAGUGGGUGUUUGGUGGGUCAAGUGGUGUGUGUUGAGGUACCUGGUAUUAAGCCCAAAAUACUAUCAUUUAGGCCCAGUUUAAAUCAAUUUAAUUAAUGUGC